UUCUUAAUUAAAACUUAUUCAACAGAGAAGAGAGACAGUCUCUGUCUCAGCGUAACACUUUUACGGAUUCCAUGAUUUCUAGAUGUUUAUAACAACAUAUGUAACCCUAUGUACGUGAUACAGAAUCCCACAAAAAAAAUAAGAAUGAAAGAUUGAUUUACAGAAUGACCGAUGGUCGAUAAGGAGAUUGUAUUUUUCGUAGUAGUGAUCAGCUGUGUUUGCUACGCUGUUGCAUCCAGUGAAUAUUUUGAAAGGCGAUAGCAGUCCGAGGGGGUUUCACGCACUCAUACUGAUGAAAUAACCAUAUGAGUAUCAUCUGGAGAUUUAUUCAAAUUUCCGGUCCAUUGGUCUAUCGGCGUGGAGUUUUUUUCAUGGGAAUUUUGUAGCUGGUGAAAAAAUCACUGAGGAUGUGGACUCUGAGGAGUGUGACAUUUCUGAUAAUUGUCCUGUGGGCCGGUGACGUUUGUUAUUGCAAUCUCAAACGGCCCACGGUUUUAGUUGCUGUGCUAGUGAGGAAUAAAGCUCACACUCUGCCCUAUUUUCUUAGCCUCUUUGGGAAUUUGAAUUAUACGAAGGAGAGGAUUAGUUUGUGGAUUCGAAGUGAUAACAAUAUAGAUAACUCAGUAGAAAUCCUCACGGAAUGGUUGAACGAAGAAGGAAAACAUUAUCAUUCUGUUAAUGCGAAGUUGAACGAAGAAUCCCAUGGGUUUAAUGAUGAGAAAGGAACAGCUGACUGGUCCAAUGAUCGAUUUUCUCACGUCAUCAGUUUACGACAGGAAGCAUUGAAUUAUGCACGAGAGUCAUGGGCUGAUUAUAUUUUUAUGCUGGAUGCUGACAUUUUUUUGACGAAUCCCAAUACUUUGAAUCUGUUAAUUGAUAAAGAGAAGAGUGUCGUGGCUCCUCUUUUGAAAUCAGAUGGGCUGUACAGUAAUUUUUGGGCAGGAAUGACCCAGGAUUAUUAUUACGAGAGAACUGACAGAUAUAAACCAAUAGUGAAUCGUGUGGAACAGGGUUGUCAUGAUGUUCCCAUGGUUCAUAGUGCUGUGCUGAUAGAUCUUGGGAGGAAAGAGAGUGAUCAACUCAGCUAUGAUCCAAGGAUCAUCGAAAAUUAUGCGGGUCCUGAUGAUGAUAUUAUAGCUUUUGCUCUCGGUGCUAAUUCAUCUGGAAUCUCUCUUUACGUCUGUAACGAUGAAAUUUACGGAUACGUCAUGGUUCCAUUGGAGUCGGGAGAUUCCCUCGAAGCAGACCUUGAGCAGUUGACAAAUUUAAAAUUGGAAAUAUUGGGAUAUCAGCUGGAAAUUCCAUUGUCCCCGAAACUGCAGAAAUACACAAAGUAUCCAAGGAAAGAUACCCUCGGAAUGAGCCACAUCUUCAUGAUAAAUCUAGAGAGACGUACGGAGAGACGCUUGCGAAUGGAGAGAUGCUUUGAUGAGCUAGGGAUCGAGGCAGAAACACUCGUUGCAGUGGACGGUCGGAAAUUGAACGAGACUGUUCUGAUGGAUUGGGGGAUCAAAAUGAUGCCGCAGUAUGCUGAUCCUUAUCACAAAAGGCCCAUGAAGAUGGGAGAAAUCGGAUGCUUCCUCAGUCACUACAUCAUCUGGAAAAGAAUGAUCGAUGAUAAUUAUAAACAAGUUAUGGUGCUGGAAGAUGACGUUCGUUUUGAACCUUACUUUCGAAAUAAGAUCAACGUUGUUAUGGGGGAGUUGAAGAAUUUACACCUGGAGUGGGACUUAGUCUAUUUAGGGCGUAAGCGCAUGCAGGAGGAGGAUGAACCUUACGUCAAAGGUUCCAAGUAUCUCGUUCACGCUGGCUACAGUUAUUGGACCUUAGGCUACAUCUUGUCUCACACAGGAGCGCAGAAACUACUGGACUCUAAGCCGCUAAAUUCUCUCGUCCCAGUGGAUGAAUAUCUCCCCAUUCUCUUCGACAAACACCCACGAGCGAACUGGAAAGGAUACUUCCCGAGGCGAAAUUUAAUUGCCUUGUCGACGGCGCCAUUAUUAGUUUAUCCCACACAUUAUACCGGCGAGUCUGGUUACAUCAGUGAUACGGAAAAUUCAAAUAUCAUCGCAGCCGAUAAAAUUACAGUGAGAAAGAACGAAUUGUAAGAGGGCAUUGCCGAAAUUUCGAUAGUGGGGAGAAGGACAAAAGAGGCCCCGGGUUAAUGGGGAGGAGCCUCGGGGGAAUCCGAUAUUCGAGGAACUCGUGCCAUCAGAUUUUAUGCCAUUUUGUUAUAUUAUAAGAGAAGACUAAUUUUUAUACAUAGAAUUAUUUUAAUGACAACAUUUAGCAACUGCCAAAGUAUAUUUGAUAUGAAGAAAUUUUAUAUUUGUUUAAUAAUCAUUUUUAUAUUGCAAAUGGAAGAGUUGUGAUUGCAUUGAAUAAAUCCAGCUGUGCAUAAAUCACUGAA